AUGGAGCUAAGGUUGUCGUCCGGCAACGGCCCCAUCACACGCAGGAUCCUCAAGACACCGGUGCGGGACGCCCUGCCGUCUGAGAUCCCGGUGAUUGACAUAUCGGGAAUCUUCAGCACGUCGGACGCGGACAGGAAGGUGGUGGCGGCGGAGAUGCGGUCCGCGGCCAUGAACAACGGCUUCUUCUACGUGCGCGGGCACGGCAUCCCGACGGAGGUGACGGAGGCGGUGCACGCGGCGGUGCUGGCCUUCUUCCGCCAGGACGCCGAGACCAAGAUGGCGGCGCACUCCCGACAUAGCGCGUACUUCAAUGGGUACCGGCCGCCGCGGAGCCAGCGCAUCAACCCUCACGAGGGCAUCGACGUGCGCGAGACCUUUUCGUGGACGUACGACCCCCGGCACGACCCGGAGGUGCGCGGCCAGGCUGACAGCAUCCCUGACGAGAUACGCCGGUUCAUGCGCGUCGAGGACUUCCCCUGGACGGCGACGGCCAACCUGCCCGGGCUCCGGGAUGCCGUGACGGCCUACUUCGCCGAGUGCCUGCGGGUGGCCAGGGCUCUGACGCGGGCCUUCGCCCUGUCGCUCGACCUGGACGAGGACGUCUUCGCCUCCAAGGUCCGGUACCCGGACGCGGCCUACGCGCUCAACUACUACCCUCCCCUCGCCCCGAAGGAGGAGGGGGGGGCCGGUGGCGGCGGCGGUGGCGGCGGCGACGAGGACAUGAGCAUCGGCUCCCACACCGACUUCCAGCUCUUCACCAUGCUGUGGCAGGACGGCGAGGGCGGGCUGGAGGUCCUAUCCCGUCAGGGCCAGUGGCUCCGCGCCGCGCCGGUGGAGGGUACCCUCGUCGUCAACAUAGGCGACUACCUCGAGAGGGUGACCAACGGGCGGUACGUGAGCACGGUGCACAGGGCCAGGAACACGGGGCCCAGGGAGAGGGUCAGCGUGCCCUUCUUCUGGGGCUUCGGCCUGCACGAGAGCUGCGGCGUGCUGGAGAGCUGCGUCGGCCCGGACGGCGAGGUGCUGUAUGACGAGGUUAGCUGCGAGGAGUGGGUGAAGAGGCGGGUCGGGAAUAUGCUCAAGGUCGAAUGA